UUGAUGGUUGACCGUCUGCUCCAGGGUAGGGGUCGCCGUUCGGGCGAUCCUCUCAGACCCGACCAUCGUGCGCUGACGCUCGACCUGGAGCCUGUGGGCGAGACCGUGCUCGGCUCCGCCAUGCCGGCCGGGAGUAACGAGCCAGACGGUGUCCUCAGCUAUCAGAGACCAGAUGAAGAAGCUGUGGUGGAUCAGGGUGGGACCAGUACAAUUCUCAACAUUCACUAUGAGAAAGAAGAGUUGGAAGGUCAUAGGACUCUCUACGUGGGGGUUCGGAUGCCGCUGGGCCGGCAGAGCCAUCGGCACCACCGAACCCAUGGCCAGAAGCACCGGAGACGAGGCCGGGGCAAAGGAGCCAGUCAAGGGGAGGAGGGGCCAGAGGCCUUGGCCCAUGGUAUCACCCUUGGGAGAGAGGACACACCCUCUCAGCGUGUUCAGUUCAUUCUCGGCACUGAGGAUGAUGAAGAGCAUGUGCCUCACGAGCUGUUCACAGAGCUGGACGAGAUCUGUAUGAAAGAGGGAGAAGAUGCUGAGUGGAAGGAGACAGCAAGGUGGUUGAAGUUUGAAGAAGAUGUUGAGGACGGGGGAGAACGCUGGAGCAAGCCCUAUGUGGCAACCCUUUCAUUGCACAGUCUCUUUGAGCUAAGGAGCUGCCUUAUUAAUGGAACGGUCCUUCUGGAUAUGCGUGCAAAUAGCAUAGAAGAAAUUUCAGACCUGAUCCUGGACCAGCAAGAGCUGUUCAGUGACCUGAGUGAGAGCAUGAGGGUUAAAGUACGGGAAGCCCUUCUCAAAAAGCAUCACCAUCAGAAUGAAAAGAAGAGAAAUAACCUCAUCCCCAUUGUUCGCUCCUUUGCUGAGGUUGGCAAGAAGCAGUCCGAUCCUCAUUCGAUGGAUAAAAAUGGUCAAACUGUGUCUCCUCAGUCUGUUCCAACUACAAAUCUGGAAGUAAAAAAUGGAGUGAAUUGUGAACACAGUCCCGUGGAUUUAAGCAAGGUGGACCUUCAUUUUAUGAAAAAAAUUCCCACUGGGGCAGAGGCCUCCAACGUCCUGGUUGGCGAGGUGGAUACUCUGGACCGCCCCAUCGUGGCCUUUGUGAGGCUGUCUCCAGCUGUUCUUCUCUCAGGCCUGACAGAGGUGCCCAUCCCCACAAGAUUUUUGUUUAUCCUACUGGGUCCAGUAGGGAAAGGUCAGCAGUACCAUGAGAUUGGCAGGUCCAUGGCCACUAUCAUGACAGAUGAGAUUUUCCACGAUGUGGCAUAUAAGGCAAAGGAGCGAGAUGAUCUCCUGGCGGGGAUUGAUGAGUUCUUGGACCAGGUGACGGUGCUUCCUCCAGGGGAGUGGGACCCCUCCAUUAGAAUUGAGCCACCCAAAAAUGUCCCUUCCCAGGAGAAAAGGAAAAUGCCUGGAGUUCCAAAUGGAAACGUGUGCCACAUAGAACCAGAACCACACGGGGGCCACAGCGGGCCGGAACUUCAGCGCACCGGGCGGCUAUUUGGGGGCUUGGUGCUGGACAUCAAGCGGAAGGCCCCCUGGUACUGGAGCGACUACCGGGAUGCGCUCAGCUUACAGUGUUUGGCCUCCUUCCUGUUCCUGUACUGUGCCUGCAUGUCACCUGUCAUCACCUUUGGGGGAUUACUUGGAGAAGCCACAGAAGGACGCAUAAGUGCGAUCGAGUCCUUGUUCGGCGCCUCCAUGACUGGGAUCGCCUACUCCUUGUUUGCGGGACAGGCUCUCACCAUCCUGGGAAGCACGGGGCCAGUGCUUGUGUUUGAAAAGAUCUUGUUCAAAUUCUGCAAAGACUACGCUCUUUCAUACCUCUCCUUGCGUGCUUGCAUUGGACUGUGGACUGCCUUCCUAUGCAUUGUCCUUGUGGCAACCGAUGCCAGUUCCCUUGUCUGCUACAUUACCCGCUUCACUGAAGAAGCAUUUGCCUCCCUCAUUUGCAUUAUUUUCAUCUAUGAAGCAAUAGAAAAGCUGAUUCACCUGGCAGAGACCUACCCCAUCCAUAUGCAUAGCCAGCUGGACCACCUUAGCCUGUAUUACUGUAGGUGCACUGUCCCAGAGAAUCCAAACAACCACACACUGCAGUAUUGGAAGGACCGCAACAUUGUGACAGCAGAAGUCCACUGGGCUAACCUGACCGUUACUGAAUGCCAGGAAAUGCAUGGAGAGUUCACAGGGUCCGCGUGCAGCCACCAUGGACCCUACACUCCCGACGUGCUCUUCUGGUCCUGCAUUCUCUUCUUUACCACCUUCAUCCUCUCGAGCACCUUAAAGACAUUUAAGACAAGCCGCUACUUCCCAACUAGAGUACGCUCCAUGGUGAGUGACUUUGCUGUUUUCCUCACAAUCUUCACAAUGGUGAUUAUUGAUUUUUUGAUUGGAGUCCCAUCACCAAAGCUUCAAGUUCCCAGCGUGUUCAAGCCAACAAGGGAUGAUCGCGGGUGGAUUAUUAGCCCCAUUGGCCCCAAUCCCUGGUGGACUGUGAUAGCCGCGGUCAUCCCGGCGCUGCUCUGCACUAUCCUAAUAUUCAUGGACCAGCAGAUCACCGCCGUCAUCAUCAACAGGAAGGAGCACAAGCUCAAGAAAGGCUGUGGUUACCACCUGGACCUGCUAAUGGUGGCCAUCAUGCUGGGCGUCUGCUCCAUCAUGGGCCUGCCCUGGUUUGUGGCUGCAACGGUCCUGUCCAUCACACAUGUGAACAGCCUCAAACUGGAGUCCGAGUGCUCCGCUCCUGGAGAACAGCCCAAGUUUUUGGGCAUCCGAGAACAGAGAGUGACAGGCCUUAUGAUUUUUGUGCUGAUGGGCUGCUCAGUCUUCAUGACGGCUAUAUUAAAGUUCAUCCCGAUGCCGGUGCUCUACGGGGUCUUCCUCUACAUGGGAGUGUCUUCACUGCAGGGGAUUCAGUUCUUUGAUCGUCUGAAGCUCUUUGGGAUGCCUGCGAAGCACCAGCCAGAUUUCAUUUACCUUCGGCACGUGCCGCUACGCAAAGUGCACCUCUUCACCCUCAUCCAGCUGACCUGCCUUGUGCUGCUCUGGGUCAUCAAGGCAUCUCCAGCUGCCAUCGUCUUCCCAAUGAUGGUUUUGGCCUUGGUCUUCGUCAGAAAAGUCAUGGAUCUCUGUUUCUCUAAGCGAGAGCUGAGCUGGCUGGAUGAUCUCAUGCCUGAAAGCAAGAAGAAGAAGUUGGAUGAUGCCAAAAAGAAGGCCAAGGAGGAAGAGGAGGCUGAGAAAAUGUUAGAAAUAGGGGGAGACAAGUUCCCCUUAGAGAGCAGGAAGUUACUAAGCAGUCCUGGAAAGAACAACAGUUUCAGAUGUGACCCCUCUGAGAUCAAUAUAUCUGACGAAAUGCCUAAAACCACAGUCUGGAAAGCUCUCAGUAUGAAUUCUGGGACUACAAAGGAAAAGAGUCUCUUCAACUAAAAGUCUUUGCUGGGAUGGAAGAUUUGGGCCGCGAGGUGCCUCAGGGAAGUUCUGGUUACAGAGAAGAUGGCAAAUCUCUCAGAGGAGGAGCAAGACCAAGUCUGGUCCUGUCCUCGGUCAUGUCAAAGCCGGGCCGACGCAUUCAGUCAUUCGUGGUGUGCACCGGAGGGCACCCAGCCACCCCAUGCCAGCAGCCAGACGGGAACGUGGAAGCAGAAGGCCACCUCCCAUUGGUAGUUCUCCUCUUCCUUGUCUGUCUCUUCAGAACUGCCACCAUUGAAGACCCAGCGUCCCAUUUUCCAGACAUUUUCUCUGAAACUCUCUGCUGGCCUGCCAAGCCAUGUGGAUCCAUUCUGCCAUUGAGGAUUCCUUCAGCAAGGUUCCCCUUUCUAAAGGAUGGGGAAGGGGAGUGGGAGCAGAGAGCAGGGGAAGGCUCUCCAGCCCCGUAGGAUCUGUAGGCUCCUAGGCAGCUGUGGACCUUGGCCAAAUUGCCGGCUCCGGGAGACGCUGGUCAGACUCAGAGGCUGUCAGGAAGGUCAGCCACCUGGGCAUUGGCAGUUCCUGUCACCGCGGCCAGAAGACACCUGUGACCUGGGUGCAUCUUCAUUGUUCCCCAGCAGCAGACUGCAUGACUCAGCAAGAUCCCUGGAUGCCGAAAGGGCCGGGAGGAAGCUGUUCGGCUCAGACAGGAAAAGGCUCGGAGGGAAAUCAGUGAUGCUAAGUGAGGACGAGUAGCUUCUCUUGGUUUCACCGAGGAUAGAGUAAGAGACUGAACUUAAAUUGCUACAAAAGGAAUUAGUUUAGACACUAGGCAGGACUUCGUAGGCUAAAAAUUUGUCAUAGUGUCUGCUUUCUAGAUAUUUGAGAAAGGUUUGGUGAUUGUUGUUUGUGAGUAGAAAGGGAGACAAGGUGUUUUCAUUGGCCAUGUUGUGGAAACAUCCGUGUCUUGCUGCUGUCUCUGGAGGACGCAUUUAUUUCCAUUCCUGGAGAUGUCCAAGUGCUUAUGUAAUGUCUCCUUAGCUGCCUUAGUAGCAAACCAUCGUCGACUCAGUGGACCAAAGCCACCUUCAGCCGUGUGGUUUCUUCAACAUCAGGAGUUGCUGUAGGCUGACAAAUGUCUGGCUCUCAGAUAUAAAAAGCCACAUUGAGAAAGGAACUGUAAGUGGUAAAAUUAAUUUUGGUGUUUAGUUUACAACUACAUUUAUAGUUUUUCUCUUCUCUUUUGCAAUGAAUAUCAAUGGUUUGGGCUCCAUUAUGUACAGAUCUUCCCUUUCUUUGCACACAGAGUGUGACCAGCAAGCAAGUCAACACCCAGGGAAUCCAAUCAUAUUAGUUUUCCAUCCUGGAAUAUCUUUGUACAGCGUGACGUUCUCUCAAUGUUCCCUCCUCUCCUAGGUGAAGAGGCGGCUACAUACCUUUAUUGAAUUUUGCAUUCCUUAGACUCUUAAAAUGUAUUAGUGUAUUGUAGGCCUACUCCAAGGACCUGUGAUACUGAAGGAAUCCUGCAUUUCUUUCAUAUUCCCUAUUUCUUAGAGCCAUAAUUAUUUUAAUACACAGAUGAUUUUCAAAAUAUUUAACAACUGGUAUAGGAUGGACACCACCCACUCAGAACGGAUGCCUGCUGUAAACAAGCCGCAGUCUGUUCUGCCGCUGAACUUCACGCUGCUUUCAGACGUUCAGCACCGUCCCUUUGCGUCGUGGGUGUCGGUUCUGGUUUUUCUGGUGGUCUCCUUGCAAGGCUGGUUUAGGAGCAGGAAUUCUCUCAACUACAUGGGCAUUAAAAUCUUUGUGAGCUGAAGCUUCACAUUUUGUCAUUGUAGGGUAGAUGUAAUAAUUGUACCCAUUUACCUACCUAAUCUGGAAGAAUCUAAAGGCAGCCUGUCAAUGGAAAAAGCUUUCCUGCCAGCUUUCUCUGCUCCUCUACCAGGCACUCCUUGAGCUCGAGGCCUUUCUUACGUCUGUUUCCUGAGAAUGCCCCUGCGCUCUCCCUGGGUCCUGCCCCUCCCAUCUUCUCCUGCCACCUCAGUGUAGGGCAGCUGGUGACUGCGUCACCCGUUCCCCUAGCCUCAGUGUGGCUGUAAGGAAUGUAAGAGGCAAAAGCCCUUUACGCAACAAGACUAGGUGACAAUAUCACUCAGAAAAAUCUCUCUCCUGAUGCACUGACGUCUGGCGUCUGCUAGGCUUCUCAGGGCGGGGAGCCUGCCUGGUGAACUCCAUGCAGAGCAGCUGCAGGGCCGCGUGUGCACUUGCGAGUCCUUCCGAGUCCAGCCUCCCAGGCUGCUGCGCCUCAGGAACUCAGGAACGUUAGUUAGCUGCUCCAGAAGGGCAUGCCGAUAUCUUUAGGCCAUUAGAUUUUUCUCCGACAAUGGCCAGGCUCAUUCCUGCUUCAUCUCAGUGGUGGGAAUCAGUCCCUAGUCUUACUCUCUCUCAUGCCCCAGCUCCCACCCAACACUUCAUCUCAGGCCUGGCUGCUUCCUUGCUCAGGUCUGUGGCCAGUGAGCGUGGUGGCGGGGCCAGGCUGGGCCAUGUUUGGGUUAGGAGGCGGUGAGUGGGGGUGGAGCUUCAGCAGUGUGUAUGUGUGUAUGUAUGUGUGCGCAUAUGCGUGUGUGUUUGUCAACUGAACUUUCAUCGUUGCUAUUAAACAGCCUGUGCACCUGAGCUGUGGGGACAUCAAACUAAUAUCAUCACCCCACCCCCCCCCCACCCAUCCAGGAGUUCCCCUCUUAGACUUCUCCAAAAGAAUAGCUCAAGGACAAGUGUAGGCUGAUGAGUCUAUCAAAAAAGGCGUUUAAGCCAACAAUAAGGAGAAACUGACUGAGGGGUAGAAAGCAAGGCAGGUAGUGAGGUGCUUUCAGUGCCCAGGUUUGGCUGGGCCAGAGAAGCAGUCAGCCUCUUUUAGGGCCCGGGCAUGUUUUGGGUGCGGCUGGGUGCCGGUGGGCCAGUGCCCUGAGGAGCUGGUCGUGCGGAGGCCAGGGAUCUAAGAAAGCGAUGAUGAGUGUGAUCUUGGUUCAAAGGCCAAAGGACGGGCAUUGCUAGGAGUGUGGGUUGCUUCCUAGCCUGCGACUUUUAGGGAGGGUCUAGAGAGGUGAAGGCCAGCAGAAAUAUGCUGUGAAAUUGCCAGAUAUGUUUGAUUGCAUAAAAUACAGGCUAGGUCUUUGUGGCUAUCUAUGAUUUCAGACUUCUGAUGAUGGAAUAAUCGGGAAGUCUGGUCUUUACCACGUACAGCUCCUUUCCCUGUCUCCAUGUCCGUAUAAAUUUGCCUUUAGGGUGGAGGGGUAGUUAGUGAACCAAAAGACAAUGUGAACGUUUGCUAUUUCUCUUCAUCUGGGAUGUCACUGGCUUUUACGUUAGUCACAAAUGUUUGAUAAAAAUAUGGCAUAUGCUUUGUCUCAGGCUUGGUUGAUAUCUCAGGCUCUGACCACUGUGACUUUCAAGAGGCCUCUGAUCUAGGAAGCUGUGGUUUCUGGUCAUUCAGAACAGACAGUUCCCGGUUCUGCUUUAUUUGCUACCUGCUCAACAACCCAGACUGUCAGCAGUUCUCCCUGCAUCUUCUCCAUCGGUUUCAGUGUCCAUGUUCCAAGUCUCCACCUUUCCCUGGAGCAUAGGAGGAUUGGCCCAAGUCCCCUGGCUUUCCUUUUAACUAGCAUGAGAACCACUACCCAGUGUGUUCUCUCUGCUACUUCAUCAACUUGUCUAAAUUUCUUCUUUUGCAAGAGAAUUAGCACCUUCUCCUAGGGUAACUGAACAUAAAGUGGAGGUCCAGCUGCUUGCCACCAUAAAGACCAAACUAAUGGGGCAGAUGCUGGUGCAAAAGAAAAGAGGUUUUAUUCAGGUGCUGCGUGGUCUGGGAGAAUGGUGGACUCCCAUCUCAAAGUCCAUCUCCUCUUUCCGCUAUGGAAAAAGACUAAUGGUCGUCAGCAAGACCAAGACAAAAGCCAGUGCCCAGAGUUCCUGCUCCAUUUAAAGCACAGUCCCUUGGAGCCCACAAGUAGGUGGCUGCUAAGUGGUCUUAGUCCCAUCCAGGUAGCUUAGCUUGUUCCCGGCUGCUUUUUAUUUCAGGCUCCCUCUUAGACCUUGCGUGUAGAGCCCACACGGCCCUCUGCCAGGGCACAUGGUUGCAUGCUCCAGGUGAGAGAGUUGUGCAAGUGCAUGCACUAGUGCAUCACCAGGCAGGCAAGAUAGAGAGAGGCUCCCUCCCUCCCUCCACAUGGCCCAUGGAGAGAACAGGCCAGUGCACAGUGCGAGUCCAGGCCACGAGCCCAGGAGUCUCUUUGUUCCCCUGGGAUUAUAUUGGCUUGGGUAUGGUAUGGACCAGGUGCUUUCUCAAAAUGACCAAUCAACUUCCAACACUCUCAUGCACUUUGGAUGGGUCCAUCUCCCAACCAAUCCCUUCCUUCCCCAGGCUAGACUGGCAGGACUCUUUGGUCCAGCACCGCCCCUGUGCCAUUUUGACUUCUAUAGCACACAUGUCUGCUCUCCCCUUGUCCCACCCCAAUCUGGUAUAGGGCAGGGGAAGGAUUUUUCUCUAUUCAGUUAUCUUGCUAGUUUUUUUGCAUUUUGGCCCUAUCAAUUGAUAUUUCUAGCUUUCCGCAUCCUCAGUGUAAGAACCGCCCCUAUCACCACCUUGGCCAGUGGGGGAGAGAGAUUCUCCAGAGCUCUGGACCAACUGUCUACUAGUAACACUGGGAUUUUAAACAGUGUCUGCUAGUUUGUUACUGCAAUUCCCUGGGACUUAUCACGUUUCCAAAUCACACCUUGGCAAGACAGACAGGAGCCCUGUAUUGAAUGUUCUCAGCCUUCUCGACUUUCUUUUGGUUGUAGCUGUCUGGCCUCCCCUAAGGGAGAAGGCCUUCCUGUAGGCCCUAGCUGGCCACAAAAGACACCAUCCAAGACCCACCCCUUUUACUAACUCAGCCUUUCAAGCACUCUUUCCUCUUCUUCCUGCCUUUUUUCUCAGCGUUUUAAAUUCUUGGGUAGAAGUUCUUGAUCAGAGGUUCUAAAAAACACCACCAGUUUUGUGGACAGUGAGAGAAGUGAGGAGGUUGAAUAGUUCUGGGGCUUCUCGCAAAAGGGACAUUAUUGUUAUUUUUCUUAUUUGGGAUGAGGGUCUAUGGAUUCUCAAGCCCUCAGGCUUGUCCAUGUUUCAGUAUAAACAGAAAAACACAUUCUAAGACCAAAUACAAGUGAUUUUUUUCUACCAAAUCUAUUUUUUAUGAUUCUUGGCACCCUAGUCUCUUACAUUGAUUAUAGAGAAUAGGCAGUUGACUCCGUUAACAUUUCUUUACCAGAAAGGAGGCUAAUUUUCGUAACCAAAAGAGGCGUGGAGGAGCUGGGUCCAUCACCCUUCGAGUGUGGACCGAGGGAAGGUGUGCUGUGCUGUGUGGGUCGUUUCCACAGAAAACCCCGGGCAGUGGAGCGGUUUGUCCACAGGCGCAGUCCUGUUAGGAGGCUGUGCGGCGGGGGAAUGGAGUGGUUCCUAACCCUUCUGAAGAGGAGAGGAAUGACAUUUUUCUUCAGCUGAGCCCACUUUCAGCACUGACGAACACAGAACCUUUUCUUCUGGCUGAUGGCAUUAGUACUGCCAGAGAGAGAGAGAACCCGCGCACAGCACUUUCUGCGCCCGCCGUCAGCCGAGCCGGGCCUCUCUGCGCAGGUUUGCAGUGGGCCCGCCGUGCAGGUUGUCACACGUGCGGGCUUGUCGGAAGCAGGAGCACCGAACUGAAUGUGCAAUCACUACUUUUUGCAAAAGAGGCCAAAAUCCUCCUCCCUGCUCCUUUCUCCCUCAUUCACUCCUCCGAGAUGAUAAGCCUCCCUCUUGUUUACCUGCAUUUUUCUGUCUGAUCGGUUGGAUUGGCUGCCUUCCCACACUCAGCGGGUGGCGAGGGCAGAGCAGCCUUCCCGCGGGAGGGGACAACUUGAGGUGCUGGUGCAUUGCCCUUGUUUUCUAAGUUCUUCUUUCUAGUAUGUUUCAUGUAGAGAUAGAGAUAUUUUUGUUUUAGAGAUUCCAAAGUAUAUAUUUUUAGUGUAAGAAAUGGACCCUCCCCACACUCCAUGGUGUAAAUAGACCCAAGAACAGUGUCGUCGUGAAAACCCACAGCAAUCUGCAGUAGGAAUAGGACCCCUCGCCCUCACCGCCUAGCCUCUGGCCUGUUUGUGGACCGGGGGGG